AUGCCGUCCGAGAACGAGGUAUGCCAGGCGGUUCUUGGCUUCGUCACCAAAGGCGCUUAUCCGGAAGAGAAUGUCGUGGCCGCCGGAUUCCCAGCGACAGCUCUCGCGAAAGAGCUGGAGCUCAUUUCGCAAGCCAGAGAGCAAGUGGAGCUCCUAAGCCGAGAGAAUACCUUUGAUGCCGACGAAUGGAUCGUUCAAGCAAAACAACUGCACGCGGACAUCGAGCGCUCGCGCGUCACGGCACGAGAAAUUGUCGAACAACAUGAGCAGACGGACCCGCUCCGAUCUAAGGUCGAGGAUGCGAAAGCGAAAGUGGGAUUGGUCGAGACCGAGAUAGCCUUCAACCAGGCCGUGGCAGAAACACUGGAAGAGGUCCAACGACUAUGCCAGAAAUUGGAGUCAGGGAGAGCUUUGCUUGCAAGUGGUAAUAUCACAGCCGCCAUUGAACAACUGGGCGCUACCGAAGCGGCUCUUAGGGAGGACACUUUCUUUGCCAAUACCAAUGUGAUGAGCAUACUCACGGUCGAGGUGUCACGUUUGAGACAAGAUAUCGAAGAAUCGUUGCGACUGCGCUGGGCCAAACAGCUCAAUGUAGAUCGUCAAAAACGCGAGCUUCAGGUGGACAAGACUGACGGCCCAGAUUCUUUGGAGAGCACCAUUGCGUCCCUCCAGCGACUGGACGCCCUCACGGCUGCCAAUGAGAAAUCCCAGCAAGACCUCAUAUCCACCAUCAUUGACCCCAUUUUGCUCCCCCGCCGUGAUGGUAGUAGCUAUGCUGUUACUGUCUCAGAAACGGGCAUUCAUGUUGAAUCCGAACCAUCGAUGACAAGUGUUGCCGAAACUCUGGAUCGCAUCACCAAAGUUCUGGAUUACCUCCACCAAAACCUGCCGCUUUCCAUAUCAUCGACGUUCUCCCAGUCAUUUAUCCCCAUCGUUGCUUCCAAGGCAAUUUCGGGCUGGCUGUCUUCUGCAAUUCCGACCGACCUCGGCGGUCUCGGUGAUUUCGAGCAAACGCUGGAUCACGUCCUUCAGCUAACCAAAAGUAUUGAGUCUUGGGGUUGGUCCGGACAUGAGGAGCUAGUCAGCUGGGUGAAUCAAGCUGCUCGAUUGUGGUUGGCUCGGCGCCGUGUUGACUCGCUCGACAGUGUGCGCAAGGUACUCGCGGCUAGCAAGGGCGCUACCAAACAGGUCGAGCGAGUUGAGAAGGAAACAGUGUCCCAGUCCGAUGAGGCCUUGUUAGAGAAUACCAACAAUGACGACUGGGACGCGGAGUGGGAUGACGACAAGGAAGAAUCUACGACAGAGACUACAAACCCUCAUCCCGAAGACGAAGAAGAAGAUGUCAGUGCCUGGGGCCUGGAUGACGAUGCACAAGAAGAGACAAAGCCAGAUGCAAAAGCUCCGACUGGAAAUGAUGAUGCUGAUGCUGAUGAUGACGAUGCAUGGGGGUGGGGUGACGAGGAAGAUGAUAAGACUGGGCAACCGGAACCUGUUUCAUCGUCAAAGCCAACUACUGGCAAGGAUGCAACGCCGUCCUCGUCUCCGAAGGAGAUGGUGCUGAGGGAAGUCUACACUGUCACUGAUAUACCGGAGUUGGUGCUUCAGAUCGUCGAGCAGCAGAUCACAGACUCCAAGAAUAUUUCGCAGCCACCCUAUUCCAGCUCUCGUGUUGCUUCCUCAGGUGCUGGCCUGCUUGCAUUGCCCACACUGAUCUUGGCCAUGUUCAAAGCCACGUCCUCUUCUUUCUAUUCUCUCAAACUCAACUCCGGGCACAUGUAUCUCUACAACGACAGCCUUUACCUUGCGGGGCGUGUUCGGGAGCUGAUGGAGGAGCACAAUCUUUCGAGGCUCAGCUCCGAUGUGGAAUCCCUUGAAAAGUUCGGCAAAUUUGCAUACAGCAAGGAGAUGCAGACGCAGAGUACCAUUGUCACAGACCUUCUUGAUGGUGCCCAGGGAUUUGGGCAAUGUUCCGAGCAACCGUUCAAAAUCGAAUGUGAAAAUGCCGUGAGCGCCACUAUCGACAGAAUUCGUGACGUCUAUAAGGAAUGGCAGCCCAUCCUGUCGCAUUCCGCAUUGCUUCAGUCUAUCGGCUCUCUGCUGUCGACCAUGAUCAGUAAAAUCAUCAUUGAUGUUGAGGAUCUUGGGGACAUCAGUGAAGAUCAGUCAAAGCAACUGGUUCAGUUCUGCAACCGUGUUUCGAAGCUGGAGGAUCUGUUCAUGCCUGAGACAACCAGCGACGCUGAAGCGGUACCGGUCACCGCUGUAUAUGUUCCAAACUGGCUUCGUUUCCAGUACCUGAUCAACAUCCUCGAGAGUUCGCUGGCUGAUAUUAAGUUCCUAUGGCUGGAGGGUGAAUUGGGUCUCGAAUUUUCGAUUGAGGAGGUUGUUGACCUGAUUGAAGCAUUAUUCGCUGAGUCUGACUAUCGGCGUCGAGCCAUUGCAGAGAUCCGGCGGGCCGACGACCAAGCUUCGGCCGCCGCCGAGUCUGCGCAAAGACAAGUUCGUGUGCAACUCACGAGCAAGCAAGAGGAUAUUGCGCUUCCUGAAUCCACCGGUCCUAUCCUCGUUCCCACCGGUCUGCGACGUUAUGCGCUGUCAACCUUGGUGAACAACCUCCUCAGCAGCGAGAAGCCGGUCCCGUUCGAAUUUUUGAUCAACGGAACUUUCCUGCGUACAUCGAUCGAUGAAUAUCUGACUGCCAAUGGCAUCUCCGCCGAAACGACACUUGAGAUCGAAUAUGUUCGAGCUUUGAUCCCGCCACUGCACAUUGCCUCUUUCCAGCAUGAUGACUGGGUCAGUGCGACUGAUGUGCUCUCCGCAACCGCACCCGCCGCAACCUGGGCCUCGGGCGCCACCUUCUCGAAGGGUCAAGAGAGAAUCUUGUCUGGUUCUUAUGACGGACUCCUCCGAGUUUGGAACAUGUCUUCUGAGACUAUUGCGACCUCGCCCGCUCUCGCCGACGGUGGACACACAGCUCCGAUCAAGGCCGCCAAGUUCGUGUCUCCGAACCAGAUCGCUUCGGCUUCUCUGGACCGCACUGUGAGACUUUGGAAGUAUACUGAGGAGGACGGUGGUUUCUCUGGAAAGAUUGCCCCUCAGCUAGAGCUCUAUGGCCACAAGUCCGGUAUCGAAUCGUUGGCCGUGCAUGCGCCCUCCAACCGUCUUCUGACCGGUUCGUCCGAUCACAACGUUGGCUUCUGGAGCACCAAGAAGUCCGAUGCUCUUGCUGCCCCGGAGAACCUGCUCCCAUCCAGUGCUGCCCGCAACUCCAAGCGUCGCAAGCUGAACUCGACCGUCAGCACACCGCAGCGUGGCCCUCUGGCCCUGCUGUCCGGCCACACUGGACCCGUUUCCGCUGCUAUCUUCGACGCCAGAGACUCGACUGUUGGAUACUCUGCUUCUUGGGAUCACUCGCUGCGAACUUGGGAUCUGGUUACUGGUUCUCUGGUUGACACCCGUACCACAGCACACUCUCUUCUCUCUCUGGAGCACCUCCCCGACCACAACCUCCUGGCUGCCGGGACCUCUGCUCGCCACAUUACCAUGAUUGAUCCUCGCGCAUCUGCCACAACUGUCACCGCGAUGACUCUUCGCGGCCACACCAACGCUGUUGUUAGCUUGGCUCGCGAUCCGCACAGCUCGUACGGUCUCAUUUCCGGCUCCCAUGAUGGAACGGUCCGUCUGUGGGACCUGCGGAGCACCAAGACUGACAAGGAAGGUGUCGUUGGCGAGAGUGUGUACUCGAUUCCCCGGAAGAGCCUUGAGGAAGAAGGCAAGGCGGAAUCCAAGCGAGUCGGAGGUGAAGGUGUCAAGGUGUUCAGUGUCUGCUGGGACGAGACCGUGGGCAUUGUGAGCGCGGGUGAGGACAAGAGGAUCCAGAUCAACCGUGGUGAGGGUGUUCUGUCCUCGACAAAGGAGUAG